AUGGAGAGCAACAUGCAGCAGCAGCAGCCCACUGGUAGCCAGGCUUCUGGUAGCAACGCCUCUGGCGACAACAUGAGCGCCCAUGGUCAUGGCACCCAGCAGAUCCAGCAGCCUCAGAUCGAGAACAAUGCUCCUGAUGGCCCCGUUGCUGACAGCCCUGGUCAUAACAACAACAUGAACCUUCACGAUGAUGAUAUCCAGCAGGCCCAGCAGCACAAUGCUCAGCAGCAAAAUGCUCAGCAGCACCAUAUGCCGGCUCCCAACUCUCACCCCGGCAUGAUCCCGAUUGCUCACGACCCCAGAGCCCAGAAUCAGCACCAGCUCGCGCUUCAGGUCCACGGCCAGGCUUUCGGCCAGAACAAUCAAGCCCAUCAGCAGAUGCCCAACCCUGUCGGUGCCGGAAACCCUGCUUCCAGUUCGCAGAACGCCAUCAUGGCUGCUCAUGGUCCUCAGUCCCUGGCCUUCGGCCACGCUCUUCAUGUCCAGCAGCAGGUGUACGCCGCUGUCGGUGCCGCAAUGGCGGCUUCCAACCACAACGCCAAUAUGGCUGCUCAGCCUCACCAGCAGCAGGCCCCCAACGCUGUCGGUGCCGGAAACCCUGCCCCCAACAUCCCUAACGCCAUGAUGGGUGCUCAAGCUCCCCAGCCAAGCCUCCCUGGAGCCGCCACCCCUAUGCACUGCUCGAAGUGCCGUAAGAAUGGCAAUGUGGCGUGGAACACCCGCUGGCAGGACCCAGAUGCACAGUCGCUCGUCUUGAAGACGUUCGCCACUUGCAACCACUGCAAGUGGUCGCCUCGCUUGCAGGACGAGUCGGCUGUGAACUGGGUCCUGCGCAAUGCGCCUUGGCUGGUGAACGACGUUGGGGCAUACUGCCCUUGUUACGUGGGCAGUGCGGGUAACCAUGCGCACCCUAUGUGCCUUACUCGGACCCGCAUCCGCGCGGGUGCUCCCGCUCCGGCCGCCCUUCACGCCGCUGCUCCGGCCGCUGUGCUCGCUGCCGCCCCCGCCCCGCCCCCGGCCGCGCCUCCUGCUGCUCUCCUUGGGGUUCCGCCUGCGGGCUUCGUGCCCAACCCUGUGGCUCCUGUGGCUCCAAUGUUCCCUGACGACGCUGCUCUGGAUGAUGUUGACGAAGGAGACCCUGAGUUGUUUGUUAUGCAAGACGAGCACUAG